AGUGUUUACCGGUGACGAUAUCUCAGGUGGAUACGUAUCGAGGGUAAUCGAGACGAUCGCGUGUAAUCGUUGGUGGUGUGCGGGAUCGACGCUCGAUCGGCAGGAUCGAGCAUGCGGGGCUCGCGUUUCGAGACAGAAUGAGUUGUGCCGAUUGUGAGGAAGCUCUCUGCAUUAACAUGCGCGAGAUCCUGCGUGCUUCCCGGGACCGAUAGCUAGUUCUGUCGACGGGCAACCUGGUGAACGCUCCUAGUGCCGUUGAUCCUCCAGAGGUCGUCGAACGAGGAUCUAUCCCGAGGGGACCAGGCUUCCAGGAUACUUCAGGCUGAAGGAAUUGAUCACCUGGUAGCCAUGAACCUCGCGCUGCAUGGAUUUUUGUUGCAGGUUUUCGUGUCAAUCCUCAACCUCCAGCAUGGCUCCUUGUUAUGCAGCGCGGGGGAACCUGGCUAUUUGGACUUCGACAACCUGCCGGAAACGAACUUCUCGUGCCAGGGGAAGGUGAUUGGUGGAUAUUAUGCGGACGUGGAAGCGGGAUGUCAAAUGUUUCAUGUUUGCACCAUCGGUCAGAAAGACUUGGUUUCAGACGAGAUUAUGGACAUAAAAUUCCUCUGUCUGAACGGAACCGUCUUCGAUCAGGAAACCAGAGUUUGCGAAAGGGUGGAUGAGGUCGACUGCAGCAAGAGCGAGCGAUUCUACAAUCUGAACUUGGAACUCUAUGGAAACAAUGCGGUAACUCUCAGCUUGCACGAGAACAACGACGACAACGUUGAUCCGUCGGAUCCCACUGAUGAUCACCAACAACGCACCACUUCCGCGCGGCCCACCACGUCAACGACAACGACCACCACCACAUCGAAGCCCAACAAACCGUCCACAACACCAGCUUCCAGUUCUUUCUCGCAUCCAACAGGAUAUCCCCAACAUUUCCAGCCUCAGCCGUCGUUCCCCCAGGUUCACACUAGCCAAUCUAAGUCAUUGUACGAUGAUAAGAAUGGCGGAUAUCAUCACCAGUACAUCUUCCACAAUGGCGAGAGGAGCAACAACCAACCAGCCACCUCGUACCAGCUGUUCAGCAACCAGGGAAUCAGCUCUACGACUGCCCAGCCGCCCCAGGUCCACCAAAUCAGAUUCAGUUCGACUUCCAGCCCACAAAUAAUUCACAACGAGCCUUCGACCGUCGCUCCUCUGUUCCACGUGACUUCGUCCACGAUUCAGACGCUUCUGAGCAACAAUGCCAACAGUCCGGCCUUGAUAAACCCCAUUUUUCAUAAUCACGGUAUCGCCAGCACCACGGAACAAUUCUCGCUGCAUAAUAACAAUCCUAGGGAGACCUCGGAGUAUCGUGAGACCGGGGAGCAGAAUAUAAGGCCGUUGGAAGCCGUUCAAUCGACCAACAAAGGAAAGAUCUCAAAAUUGACCAUCUCCCCGGUGCCAACGCCGUCAGCGUCUCCGCGAUCGAUACAAACGAAGAUCAGUCAAAGCUCGCAGCAGCAAAGAAUCCCCGGAAACUUCUUGCCCACCCCGAUCAUCGACGAGACGACGAUCAGGUCCUUCUAUCCAACCCUCAGAAGUGCAUCGAAAUCAACGCAGUCCACCAGCGAAGUCACCCAACACAUUCAUGUGCUGCCUCCUGCGCCGAUUCCUCAGUUGAAACCUCAUCAGAUCACUAUCAAUCUUCCGCCACCAGAUAUUCAGAGGAUGGUGCAGAAUCCGUCACCGUUGCUACCCUCACAGUCCAGAGUGAUCGUCACUGCUAAAGCGAGCGUUAGCGACGAGUCGGGUAGACCUUUGAACACCACACAAUUGGUUACUCUGCCUCUACCAACGAUCCCUGCCAGCUACGACGAGUAUAAAGAAGGAGACGAGACCUUUGAUCCUUUCUACAGAGACGUUCCAAAGAUUCGUAACGCUAGGCGCAUCGCGAGACGAGUGAAAACACCCUCGAGACGCAAGCGAUCCGUUGGCCAAACGAAAAAUUCAAUGGUCUCCUUCGUCUAUGGUGGCGAUUCUCGUAGGAGAAGGCAGGACGUUCAGGCCGUAGACAUCGGUAAAAAGGAAAGAAACAAGGAAAAGGUUGAUAUCGAUAACACCAAGGAUUUCAAGUCCAUCAAAGAGAGUCUGAUGAAGUUUAGAGACAUUCUUUUCGGCGGUGAAUUCACAGAGGACGCGAUUCGCAAUAUUUUUGGAGGAAGUACAUUGCAGAACGUUAAUUCCAAUAAAAAGGCGAAGAGUACAAACACAGUGUCACUCGAAGAUUUGGAAACGAAGGCUUCGAAAAAUAUUAAAACAAGACAGUACGAGGAUACCACCGAAGAGGAGUCCGAGAGCAAGGAGACUAAAAUUGAUGAGGACGAGUAUUCGGAAGAUGCUGAAACCUCUAUUACGUUAGACACCAAAGCAUCGGAUGCUGAAGAAUACAUCGAUUUAACCGACUAUAGAGAGAAAGAGGAGAAAGAGUUGGACGAAAAUAAUGCUCAAACAAACAUUCCAAACAGCGAAGAAACAGACGAGCCAGAAACUUCUAAUAUUAAAGUGGAUACGAAUGAAAGGGAUGCAUUGAGUUCGAACAAAAAUGAAACUGAAGACGAAAAACGCACGGAAUCCAAACAUGACAUUGACAUCGUUAUACUUGACCCAAAUGAGUAUCUUAAACAAAGAUCCUCUGGCCAAGAGAAUCCUGAAAACGUAACUGAACAGGAUUCAACAUCGACAGACAUUCCAGUAUUGUCUACAACUGGACAAACUACCACUGAAGUUACAUUAAUAACGGACGAUGAUUCUAAGCACUCUGAAGAACAGGAUGACGAAAUUAAAACAAACAAGAAACUCUCAAAGGUUGAGGAAAAUGAAGAAAAAGAAGGUUUUAUAAACUCAAAGAACCAAGACACUGAAGCUGAAGCAAACAAACGACCCAAAACCAUUGAAAAUGGCAAAGAAAAAGAUUCUAAGAACUUGAAGGAGCAUGAUAUCGAAAUUGAAAUAACUAAACAUCCUAAGAAGGGUAAGAUCGAUGAAGAAAAGAACUCUGAAAAUCUAAAGGAGCAGGUUGUCGAAGCUGAAGCAAACGGACAACCCAGAAAGGUUGAAGGUAACGAAGAAAAAGUGUCGGAAGAAAGUAAGAAAGAGAAACCCAAGGAACGAGUAGAUCCAAAACCAAACGCAAAGAGAAAAAGUUCCAGAAUAAGAUCACCCUCGGGGAAAAUAUCUUUAAGAAAAAAGGAUCCAAAAAGUGUAGAGAGAGAGAUACAAAAUGACCAAACGCUGAUUAUUGACCAAAUUGGUGUUCACGAGUCGGUGACUACAAGCUCUCCAACUGUGAAUCCUGAGAUAGAGCAAAUAAAUAAACACAUUUUUGACGAACCAGAAUCACAGACUUCUAAAGAGGUGGAUACCAGAGCUGUGGGUCACCGUAAUAGUUACGCGAAGAGCCUUCAAGUUGGAAAAGAUCAAAACGCUGAGAUAUACAAUAAAAAGAAUGAAGCUAACGAGUAUGAUAUCUUGGAAAAACAAUCGAAAGACACGAAGGACAGUCAAGUUAAGGCCGAUGAAUUUUUAAAUAGAAAGGAGGAAUCAACAGUUUUCUUGUUGGGCGAUCAUGAGGUCAAGGAAGAUGAGAAACGAGUCGAAGAGUUAGACUCCGUCGAAGUAACAAAGGAAAAUACUUCCGUGGAAGAGAACGAAUAUAAUGAAGAAUCGUCGAUCGACGACAAGUCUGUGAAAGACGAAUCCACCACGGUUUACAACGACGAAGAUUUCAAAGACGAUUCCCAAGAAGACCCUGAAACGUCUCACGAAGUUGAUACAAUCACACGGCGGGGGAAGAAUAUGAAAAUUGAAACUACAUCGAGCGAAACUUCUUCUCACAGACCAGAUAAGAGCAAAAAGUUCUUAGAGGAAGAAGAAGAAGAAAAGGAAUCUCAGGAAUAUUCCACUGUUAAAGGAGAAGAAAUUAAUUCGCAAGAAGUUUCCUCCGAGUAUAACGAUUCUACGGAAUCAUUAGACGAAGGCCCUCAUGAAAUCAACAUAAACGAUGAUUACAAAGACGCUGAAAGUCACGAUGAUUUAUCGAUUUCUUCGGAACACAACAAUUCUGACGAAAUUACACAUUCUAAGGAGGAGAUUGAAGGAGAAUAUGACGAGGACGAAUCAACAUCGAUCGAUCAGGAGGACAGUACAGAGGGAGUCCUCAAGUUCACCGAUGAGUUGCCCAAAGACAAGAAGGAGGACGUGUCGGAUGGCAAGAAAUCAUCGGAGUCUGUGGAGAACAUUGCUCACGAUUACGUCGAUGAUAAUUACGAGCCCGAUAAUUACAAAGAACGUGAAUCGACAGUGUCUAACAAUUUGAACGAUGAAAAAACGAACAAAGAAGUUAAAGAAGAUAAGAUAAAAGAAAAUAAAACGGGCAAUACUAAAGAAACCGACGAAGAUGAAAUAGAAACUACUACGAUACCUCAAGACAGUCAAAAUGACAAAAUUGAAGAGGAAAUCCAAAAAUCUAAAGAUCCUAGUACAGAGGAGACAGAUUCACUACAGACAACAACACCAACAACUACAACAACACCAACAACCACAACGACGACAUCAACUUCAACGACAACGACAUCAACAACGACUCCAACAACGACGACGUCAACGACUACGACAACAACCGUUCGUCCUACAGUUCCAAAGUUGUUCAAACCAAUUACAGCGAGGAAGAAUUACAACUACAUCCCUCCAACAACAACCCCAAAUCCCGUGAUCAUAAAACCAAGGCACAGUCUGCUGAAUCCUAAGCCAGCAAAACCAGCCAAGUCCUACAAUGAUUUGGCACCAAAACCCGUAAUCAGAAAAUUCCCCUUAUUGACGCGUAAAUCAAUAACUAAGAUGCCAACCACCACGAUCAGGGAUGAAGAUUCGACGAAGGUUACAGAGCUGCCAGUGACAGUGACGGAGGCAUCCACGACAACAACGGAGGCUAGCAAAAGCGAGGAAAACGUACUCGAAGGCAAGCUGGAAAAGGACCAAAAGAGAAAUCCAAAGGGUGAACCAAUGUUGAAAGAUCGCAUCUUUGUGGAAAGCAAAGAUGACCAAGAAUCAAGUCCCAGCGAACAAAAAUCUCCACCCAAUUUGAAGAAAGAAGAUAAGGAAGAUUCGAUAAAGAACGGUGAAAACUUCACACCAUAUCCUAUGUCAAGAUUAUCGACUCUUGCGUCUACGAUUCAGAACACUUUGACCGAAGUCGAGUCUACUACCAUUGAAUCAGAGUUGUCAACAACUUCGAAGAGUUUUACGUUCGCGGACGUGGAGGUUCUUAGCGCGACAGUUCCAUCGGUUGCUUCGACGACUAAUGAGCCCGAUCAGGUUGAAACUACUACCUCCAAGCCGACAGUCGACGAAGAAAUCUCGAACGAGUCGUCCACGAAGUCAGCCUACCAAGACACAACCGAGAUCUCUUUUGUCACCGAAUCGCCGACAAUCUUUGAGACUACUUUCAAAAGUUCCGAGGGAGUGGAAUCGACGACUGUAAAAGUGUUGAAUCGCAAGUCAGGAAUUCUGAGAAGACAGGACGGUUUCAAUUGCUUAGAAAAGGAAAUGUAUCGUUUCUACGGUGACACUAGGGAUUGCAGACUCUUUCACUAUUGUUCCCCUGGCUUCACUUCGAGGCAGGUCCUCGACUUCCGGUUCGUGUGCGAGGAGGGUACAGUCUUCGACGAGGGGAGCCAGAGCUGUCGACACGACGUUCCGAACAGAGGCUGUCCUAAUAGACAGUGGUAACGAACGCACGUUUCUCCAUGCCCUUCGUGUCUGACGGCGUUGAUUUUGGUAAUUGGUGAAUCCGAGGACUCCUUAGUGUAUAUUUAUAUAUUGUUAGUAGGUAAGGUCCUUGGAAGAGGGCCCCUCUUUUCCUGAGCAUUGCCAUAACCUUGUACAUGAAGAUGGAUUCACACUUAUUAAAAUUAAUGCGACGAGGAUGCUCGGACACAGACCACGAAGAGUCAGAGAACCAGCUGUCCAAGUAACGAGAACAUCCUGUCUCAGCAAACUGUUACGCAGAGCUAAGAAGAAAUGUUGUUAUGGAAUAAUAUCGAGUACUCUUCGAAGUCAUUUUUCGAUCUAAACGGGCAUAGAUUAAAAUAGAUCAUGCCUUUAUGGAGAAAAUUGGAUUUUAUUAGAUCUAAAAAUUAUUGUUGGACCUUUUCUUUAUAUUGGACGUUUUAUACCGAUAGUAGAGUUCGAUUAUUAAUGUGGUUUAUUUAAAGCUGGAAGGUGACAUUUUCAAACCAGAAUGGCGACAAAAAUAUUGGAAUUUAGAACAGAUUAACGAUCGACUAAAUGUAAAAGCAUCGAAUUAAUUUGUAGACCUAAUAACUGAUCAGCAAGAUAAUGAUAAUUUGAAUGAUUAUUCGAGGAAUAAUCGUUUUAGCUAAUUAUUUAAGUACACCUUUUCUAAGCUGAUCAAAAACACUGACUACGAAAGAGUUCUUCGUAUUUCUAGUCUGAUCAAGGCCAAUUAGCUGCUCAUGGUCACUACUAUCAUACUGUAAAUCGCAACGAACUUAUUUUUUCCGACAAAGGUAUACAAUUUGUGUGGACAGACGAGAGACGAACAGCGAAAGUAAUAAAAAUGGUAAGAAUAGUUUUUCGGUGGCCUUGAGCGGCCAAUUCAUUUUAUCCCGGUCAGAUAUUUAUUUAUUGCAUUCUUUCGCUAUGCACUGUCGCCAGCCAAUUUGCUAGGGCAGACUCUAUUUAUGUGUAGCAAAUAUGUCUCUUACUUGCACAAUUCCAUCAACUCUGUUCUCAAGAGCUAGGCAAGCUGAUUUCUAUUAAAUUUUAGCGUAAAGAGUGAAUUUCGUCGGAUUAAACAUCCAAGAACACCUUGCUUCGUAUUUAUGUGAAAUAACUAAUAGCAACUCUCUGCGAGAGAUAUUCGUUUUGAUACUGGUUGACUGGAAUCUAUCGUAAAUCAGUCGUUCCGGCAAUAAAUCUUGUAUUGCUCAACGUAUGCGCAUACAAAACGGAAUUCGAUUCAACAAGCGAAUCCUUCGGUUUAAUGCAACUGCAUAAAUGUACAUUUGGGUUACACGUAUAUAGAUUACGAGAGUGUAUGUACAGUGAAAAGUAGUAGGAGUUUGUAUGUGAAGAGAUUCGCAAAAUACUCAAUCGUUGCUCGCUAUGAUAACUGUAACGUUUCAAUAAUCGAAUGAUUUUCACGAUUUUCGUGGCAGCUAUUCCUAGUUAAUACAUUCUUAAUUAUUAGCGGAAAAGUGGCCCCAUAAGUCGAAAUUCCUAUCGAUAACAUGUAUAAAUAGGUACAUAUGUAUAAAUAUAUUUUUACAUGUGAACUUACUCCGCUCCAUUUAGUGAUUUUUAGAUAGGUAAUGUGAUAAGUGUCUGGAUAGUUAUACUUCAUAGCUUACGUGUACCUCGAUCGUCUCUGUAAAUACCUAUAUGUGUCCUUCUGUAACGACAUCACACGCUUGUUAUUUUUAUCGUGUACAAGAGUACACAAACAUCGUGUAUUGUAAGGCUCUGUACUGUGUUAAUAAUAAUUGUAUACAACGUGCAAUUCCUCUCGUCUUGUUUUCGUGAUUGUUAACCUUUAGACGUCGCGCGAGGAUUUAUUUAUUUGAUUUUUUUACGUUCUGUAAUUGUACUGUUUCCUCUUCUAUAUUUAUACGAAAUAUAUAGUAAAUUAUGUGCGAAAUUUAUUUUUAACAUAAUGUAAUAUUUAACACGAGCAUUGAAUAUUUUUCGAACGAGCACGACUCGUUAAAAAAAUAUUCCUUAAGCUAAUAACAUGUAGGUAUACAGAAUACAUUGACAAAGAGACAAUUCUUUAGGAAGGAAUUUUAUUAUAGAAUUUAU